AUGAGUAAAUCGGCACCCCAAUCCAAGAUGCCGUCGCCGGCGCGGACACCGCGCGUGUCGGUAGACGAGCGGCGGCCAGCCCACGCAAACCAGCCGCCGGGCAUUGUCAACAUGGGCAUGACAUGUUUCCUCAACUCGACCUUCCAGGCACUGGCAGCCACUCCGGCCAUGAUUGCUCUACUGGCCAACAACCCAGCGUUGCCCCUUAUCCCUUCGCCCAACUCCAUGCUGCCUCCUCCGGCGCAAGAGCCACGGCUCACCCCCAGUCUCGGCGCCGACGCGCUCGAGCCCCCGCUCUACAAGCUCUUGCCCGUGAACCGCGCCUUCUCCAACUGCCUGCACAAGGCCUGGACCAUCAAGGAGCGCGGAGGGGGCACGAGCGGACCGGGCGAGGGAUCCAGUCUACACACUAUGACGCUGGCGCCGCUGCUGCGCGAACUGGCAAGGAAGUAUGACCAGUACGACGAGUUUGCCCAGCAAGACGCCCACGAGCUGUUGCGGCAUCUCUUGGACUCUAUGGAAAUGGAGGAAAAGGACGUCAUCAAGCGCAAAGCAGCCGACGCAAAGCUGCUGGCUGAGAACGCGGAACUACAGCAGCAGCAGCAGCAGCAGCAGCAGCAGCUGGCAGACGCUCCUAUUCGGUCCGGGUCGACGGACCAAGAACCGCAGGAACAACCCGCCGCAAGCCUCUCCCCAGCAAACGUGCCGGCGGCUCUUCCGACAACUGUGGCGCCACAAUCCCCGGUUCUAUCAGCCACCCCUGCAACACCUGUGGUGGAAGACCGACUGGUGCCCUUCGUUGACGUGCUGUUUGGCGGCCUUCUCGCCUCUGUCGUGGUGUGCGAGACAUGCAAGUCGGUCUCACACACGUACGAGGGGUUCCUCGAUGUGUCGCUCAGCAUGCGCGGUGACGAUGACCAGCCACGUCUGCGUAAGCGUGACAGGUUCCGCGCAAUGGCUUCGCGACUCAAGCCUGGUGUCAAGGUCGGCGGUCAAAAGUUUCCCGAAUUGCCGGCGACCAUGUCCGAGCCCGAGGGGAGCGACACGGAGCGUGGAGGCGCGGCAGAGCCCAAGGCAGACAGGCGAGGACGACAUGCGCAUUAUCCCAAGAACCUGUCUCGCGAGUCCGAUGCCGACAGCGACGGCGUAAGGACACCCAGCACAGCUCCACGAGGCAUCAAGGCGAGCUUUUCAUUCAAGCGCAAGGGCCUGCGCACGCCGAGCGCCAGUCGCGCGAGGACACCAGCCACCACUAGUCCGUCACAGACACCCGCGACUCUCCCGUCGGCGCCGACGACGGGCGCGUCCACCCCGAUGGGUGGCUCUGGGGCCUCGCUGUCAAGCUUCGCUCCCAGCGUCCUCACCGAGCAGCUGCAUCAGCACGUGCACCAGGCCAAACCCACACCAGCGCAAACAGCGUAUAUCCAGCGUAUCCUGUACGGACCGCCCGCGGCGCCGGAGACUGCAGACCCGCUCGCCAAGCUGCGUGCCGCGCACGUGGGUGGACUGACUGCCGCCAAUGCCGCCAAGCCGUCCGACUAUGGCCUUGUCGACAGCCUGAAAUCGUUUACAGCCGUCGAGGUGCUUGAGGGCGACAACGCGUUUGCGUGCCACAAGUGCUGGAAGAUCAAGAAUGGGCAUUACCGCAACAAGCGACGGGAACCCGUUUCCGAGGUGCACCAUUCGCUGGCGGAGAGCGCCCCACCGUCCAUGGUGUCAGUAGUGCACCAGGACUCGACCCUGCUCGAACCUCUCAUGGGGGCAGGCGUGCCCCUGGAAUCGACCCCGUUGGAACCUCUUCUCAGCCCCCCCAUGCCCAUCCUCCCCGCUAUCGCUGUCGAAUCACCGGGAAUGACCGUGAGAGAGGCCGAGAUCUUUGCACCCGUCCCGUUGUCUGUCGGCCCAACCCCGGGCACUGGCUCGGACGGGUCCCGCCUCGGCCGCUUGGUGAGCCGGUCUCGCAGUAUGGUGCGCGCCGCCAGCCCGCUGCGCACAUCCAAGACCGCUGCCGAUGAAGAUAACAGCAGCCCCGAUGCGCUGGCCAACCCACACUCGAACCCGAUGGAGAUUCUCGGCAGCGAUCGCCAGCUUGACCGCUUCGACUCGGUCACGUCUACGGGCAGCACGACGAGCUUGAGCACAAUGUCCAACGAGUACAACACGUCGAGCUCUGUCGCCGCCACUUCGACCACGAUGGUGAGCACGAUCGGCACGACGUCGACCUACACCGCCGGCCAGAGCCCGAACGCGAGCACGAGCAGCCUUGGCCGCGGCCAGUCCAAGGACGACGACGACACGGAUGGUCUCUCCGACUCGACAGACGACGAGGAGAUGCCUGGACCGGGCACGAGUGCGCACAUUGGCGGCCUGUUCCGUGGCGGUUUAGGCGGCCGGCCCAGCGUCAAGAGGCAGCAGAGCAAGCACUUUGUCCUCCGCCGCGCGUUCAAGCGCUACCUCAUUGCCCAGGCGCCCGAGGUGCUCGUCUUCCACAUCAAGCGGUUCAAGCAGACCAACGCGGGGCUGUAUUCAAGCUUCUCCAACUUGAAAAAGAUGGACGACUUUGUCUCGUUCCCCGAAAUCAUGGACGUGGCGCCCUUCCUCGCGCCCAACCGCACAGACUUCAAGUGUGUGCGCACCCCGGAAGGCGUGCACGCGCCGUACAUGGACUGGCCGAGCCCCGACCACCCGCCCGAAGCGCCGCCCAUGCUGUACAAGCUGUACGCCGUGGUGGUGCACAUGGGCACCAUGGUGGGCGGGCACUAUAUCGCCUACGUCCUGGUCGACCCCGAAACGGUGUUCCUGCCGCCCGGCGAGGGUGGGCUGGGCACGGGACCGGCGGCGGUGGAGCAUGCCAUCUCAAUGCUGAUUCUGGAGCCCGAGGAGCGGAAGAAGAAGGAGAAGGAGAAGGAGAAGGAGAAGCAAAGGGAUAGGAGGGUGUGGUGCUACUGCUCCGAUACCGAGGUGCGCUUUGCGACUGUCGAAGAGGUUCUCUCUGCGCGGGCGUACAUGUGCUUUUACGAAAAGGAGAGGCCGUAG